AUGGGAAUUCCAAGUAAUUAUCAACAAUCAUCAGAAACUGAAGGACAAUCAGCCACUUCUUCUUCUUCUUCUUCUUCAUCGCCACCUCUUUCUGCGUCAUCUUCAUCAACGUCACUUUCAAGUUUUAAUUCUCAAGCAAGUUAUUCAUCACAAUCAUCUAUUGAAUCUAGUUCAGAACCGCAACUUUCACAGGAAGAGGCUGAUCGUCUUUAUGAAGAAAAUAUGGAAUUAGAAUAUGCUAAAAGAGAGGGAGGUGCUUAG